AGUUGCUCACUUUGCGCAAAUGGGAUCAGAGGACGAGAUAUUUGAUUGACGUAUGUACUCUCGCGUCUACGCAUGUCAUCGGAGACAUAAUCGUAGUGCGUGUACACCAUUUAUAAACUGUAUUUUUCGCACGUUGCUCGUUUACGUACAUUAAACUUAGUCGCACCUAUCACCGUUUGUAGUGGAAUGAAAUUAUUAAUAUUCUGAGAUAGUAGCGCUAUUUCGAAGUGAUUAUCGAUAUUGUUUAAUGCAACGAUGCUUUGUGUAUGCUAUAUUUAUAGAGAAAAUCAAUAUCUUUAAUUUUCACAUGUAUGUACACAUCCAAUAGAGCCUUAAAGAAAAAGAAAAUGAAAAACGGCAGCAGGUUGUUAAAAGUUCUCCUACAAGCUUCAGAGAAGGCAGCAAACAUUGCCAGAACUUGCCGGCAAAAGGAAGCCCUUUUUCAGUUAUUGGUGCAAGAGAAAUCUUUAGAGGAAAAAAACCCACGAUUUUUUCAGGAUUUUAAAACACUGGCCGACGUCCUCAUUCAGGAAACAAUCAGACAUGACAUAGAAAUUGAGUUUCCAGAGUUGGGUAAGCUGGUACAGGGUGAGGAAACCAAUGUAUUCAGCAAUACCAUGGGGGAAUCCAUCUUUGUUGAGGUUUGUUCAUGUAGCAAAGAUACAACACAGUUACUGACAAAAGUUAUGGGUAACGAUGCUGUGGCAGCAGAGUUGCUCGCUACUGAGGUCCAUAAGGAUGUUCAGCUUUCAGAUGUGCCAAUUGUAUUAGACAUUCCCAAUGAUUUUGAUAUCAAUGUGGAUGAUCUUGGUAUUUGGAUAGAUCCAAUUGGGCAAGAAAAAAAAAGUUGGACAGUAUUAUGUUUGAUAAUGCAUGCCUGUGGAGCAAUUCGUGGAACUUUUGUAGAUUCAACAGCAGAUUACAUAAGUGCAACGGAGGCAGUGGACGAGCAGACUGGUUUACAUUUGAGUGGAUUGCGUUGUGUCACUGUUUUAAUUGGAGCGUACAAGAAAAGUACAGGAGUGCCAGUUUUGGGUGUAGUUAAUCAACCUUUUUCUACCAAUGUGGAUUCGCAAUGGACAGGAAAAUGUUACUGGGGUUUUCUUGGAGGUGGCAUCGCCAAAUCUUCCAUAAGUAACGCAUGCAGUGCUGAUAAAAUUAUUUUGCUCAGUCGCUUUGAAGAUGCAGAUGUAAAAUCGAAGCUAUUAAACAGUGGAUUCAGAUUAGUGGAGGCAGCAGGAGCAGGAUACAAGAUACUAACCGUUGCUAUUGGACAAGCAGCUGCCUACAUCUUGUCGAAGGGUUCUACUUAUAAAUGGGACACAUGCGGACCGCAAGCUCUUCUAUCGUCGGUUGGUGGAAAUAUCAUCGAGUUCAAAGAGUUUAUCGUGAAUCCAGAUUCGGACAAUCUAAGUGUGAACUAUUUACCUAUCGGCACAAACUUCUCCAAUCGUGCAGGCUUGAUAGCAUAUAGAGAUCCUCAAAUUCUGGAAACUUUUAAAUCUAUUUUAAGUAAAUCAUCAUCUCGUUAAUAAGGAUGACAAAGAUUUUUAACGCUAAAACUUGACAUUGACCAUUUUCACGUUUCAAUAUAUUAUUUGUUUAAUUACAUAAAGUUGUAUUUUACUCUAUAAAUUUUAUGUAAAAACUAAAUGAUGUUUUUACAGCUAUUUCUUAUGACUAUUUGUGAUAUUAUCUUUGAUUCAAUUGUACAAGAUAUAUUUAUUAUAUAUCCAUAUAAUAUAUCCAAUAAACUAAUAUAAUUGUUAAUUAACACAUGGAUUAUUUGUUAACUGAUGUAGCUCGUAAUAUUUAAUUGUGAUAUAAUAAAUGUGGGUCCAAAUGGAUCAUUUAAUAUAUAACAGAUAUAGUUUUAUUUUUAAUUAUAUAUUUAUUAUUUAACUAAAAACUUGUAAAUUCUAAUAUUCUCUGCUAUGUGCUUUAUUAUAUUUAUGUGGAUAUAAGUGCGUACUUAAAUAUGUCUAAAUACAGUAAUCAAAUUGAUUUGUACAUGUUAUGCGUAAAUAAAUGAAUAAAUUAAGAAAUGAUGUGACA